CCAGAAAACACGCAUUAUCGUCCUGAUGCGAUAUCUUCAUUAUUGUACACUGCGGCAUGAACGUGUCGAUGUGGCUGCGGGUACGUGAUGAGUGAGGCAACUCUUUCAUUUCAAGGAACUCCUUGUUUUGAAGUAUAUUGAAUUAGCAGUAUACAAGCCGCACUUUUGUAUACACGUUAUCACAGGACAAUGCGUGCACGCAAACACAGUAAAAACGCAAAAUGAGGGAAGCGGCAAGCCGCUGUGAGUAUGUGGCGGCUGUAACGGCAGCAUAAUAUGCCGCAGCUUCCUGGAAUGGCGCUGGCGGCCUUGCUUCUGGCGCUUGGCGUGGCGCAUUCGGCCAGUUUGACGCUGCUGGAGCCAGGCAUCCUUGACUUGCAAUGCAAUGGUGGCUUCAUACAUUGCCCUGUCGAUUGCGGUGGCGCAAUGAAGGCCUGUGUGGUUCAAAGCCAUACAGCAACUUCGAGCUGGACAUUCCCUCUGCAGCCUGGGGAAAGCUGCCAGUCGCUGACAAGCUAUCAACAUAAGGCAUGUGUGAUAACAUCAGGGAGUCAAGAACAAAGGCUUGUGUGCCUCCACAGCAACAAUGGAGUCGCGGUAUGGGAGACAACCUUGCCGACGGCGCAGCGCUGGCGCUUGGCUGUGGGCGCUCAGGACGGCUAUGACACCGCAGCCCUCGCAGUCUGGCAGGAGUCGACGGGGUCCAUGGUCGGGUAUGGCGACGCGGGCCAGCGGCUGUGGGAGGUGCACAGCCUGACCCCCUCGCUGACGGCGGCCGUGGCCAUGGUGCCUCAGCUCGCACCCUCGGGCCCUUCGGCACUCAUGAUGGCAGCUGACGUGGAGGGGCUCCUGAAGCUGCGUGCCUUCACUGAUGGUGGUCAACGGCUUGAGCAGGAGCCGGGCUGGGAGGCAGACCUAGCAGCCGUGAUUGGCGGCGGCCGUGUCCUGGCCUUCGGCUCGCCGCUAGCGCCCGCGCUCCUAGAAGGCGAGGCGCCGGCGGCGCUAGUGCCGCUGCUCUGGAGACAGCAGCCGGCGGCUGUAGAUAGCUCCACAGUGGGCGUAAUGGCGGGCUUGGUGCGGCUGACGCUAGAGCCACAGCAGCAGCACCAGCAGUCGGACCUGCUGGAGAUGCGGGCAGCAGGCGGGCUGCGGCUGCACCUGGUGCUCGCCUCGUCCUGGCACGUGGGCUGGAUCCCAGUAGAUUCAGGAUCCGCAGAUGCAGCAGCUGCCGCUGCCGCGCCAAAGUGCGCGCUGUUGCCGCAGCAGGAGGACGCGGCCGGAGCCAAGGGCGCGCCGGCGGCGGCAGCCUGCGUGCUUGCCGUCAGUGGUGGUGUCCGCGGCAGCCAGCCCACCGCUGUGGGAGGUGGCGGCGGCGGCCUGAUGGUGGUGGCGGACCUAGCAGGCGGCAGUGUGCUCCUGGAGAGGCGCUACCCCGCCCUCCCAGGUGACGUCAUUGUCUAUAAAGCCGGCGGCUCGGAGUGGGUGUUUGAGGCGCCCGCGGACGGCGAUAGCGCGGCCGCGGGCAUACCGGAGGUCCCGCAGCCGGCGCUGCUGCCUCUAGGGGUGGAAGCGAUAGCGGCGGCUGCCGGCGGCUGCAGCUGCGGCCAGGCCGUGGCGGCCGUGACCGAGCUGGUCGCGUUGGCCCCGACUGGGCCCCUGCUGCGGCGGGUUCGCCUGUGCCGCCGCGCGACCGGCGGCAGCGGAGACGCUGAGGCUGCUGGGGCUGCUGGGGCUGCCGAGGCUGCUGUCGUGAUGGCGGAGCAGGUGGCGGUGGCGGGGGGCGAGGUCGAUGUGGCGGAUGCGGAUUUGCUGGUCGCGGCGGCUGCGUCGCCGAGCGCCAUGGCGGCGGCGGAGGCCAGCAGCAUUGCGGGCGCCGGUGCCGCUUCUCUGGAGGCCGCUUGGGACCAGGACCAGGACCGGGACUUGCAACAGCCCGAGCUGGAGGUGGUGCUGGGAGUGGCAGCAGCUGAUGCCAGCCGUGUCAGCCGGUCCCUGUUGCAGACAGACCCGCCCAGCCCGCCCUCGCCGCUGCCGCCCAGCCCAGCGCCGCCCAGCCCGGCGCCUGACCUGCCGCCCUCCCCCCCGGCGCCACCUCCAACCCCUCCCUCGCCCCCAGCUCCUCCCCCCCGGCCCCCGCGACCGCCCGCGCCGCCUCCUCGCCCACCGGCCCCUCCCUCGCCCCCACCCCGGCCGCCACCGCCUCCCGCCCCUCCCUCUCCACCUUGGCCCUCCCCGCCCUCGCCGCCGCCCGCACCGCCGCCCUCGCCCUACGGCUGCCCUGUCAUGAUGCCGGGGCGUGCGCCCUCCAGCCGCACCGCCGCCUUCUACAAUGCCUCCAAGCUUCUAAACGCGGAGGCCGACUCACAGCAGCUCGCCUUCCUCGAAGCUGUCCCGAAGAUCGUGCCUGCGCCCAUCACCGUGACGCUGCGCUGCAACAUCAGCAACUCGGCGCCCAUCAACCUGACCGCGAUGGCCUGCGAGCCACAGGGCCGCAAGCGCGUGGGCGGCCUGCUCCCAGGCGACCUGCGGCCCUACGCCGUGAACGGCACCGAGCUGCUGUGCGCCGCGGCCGUGCCCGGCGCCACUGUGUCGCGUGUGGUGCGCACGCCCUACCGCGUGAACGUCACAGACGCCAACGGCACCGUCACCACCGUCACCAUGUUCAACGAGACCGUGGUGACCACGCUCGCGCCCUCAUCCGCCGCCUCCUCCUCCUCCGCGCCGCCCUCCUCCUCCUCCUCCUCCUCCUCCUCCUCCUCCUCCUCCUCCUCCUCCUCCUCCUCCUCCUCCUCCUCCUCCUCCUCCUCCUCCGCGCCGCCCGCCGCCUCCACCGGGGCUGCGGCCCUGCCCGAGGGCUCGCCCAUCCUCCUGUCCUGCAACGCCACCAUGGACAGCAACGGCACCAUUGCCAUGGUAUCCCAGGGCGCCGAGCCCCUGGUGACGUUCGACACGAGCUCGCUGGCUCGCUGUCGGCCUGUGGAGCUGGCGCCUUCGCGCCCGCUCGCCGCCACCUCCUUCCGCUGCGCCGCCACCACCACGCCCUCGCCCGUGGACGUACCGGCCUCGCCCUCCGGCUUCGACACACACCUCAGCUGCGACCGCUUCCUCAGCGACGCAACCGUGGGCCGCGCCGGCGGCGCCUACGACCUACAACGCCGGCUCACCAUCGCGCUGGGCGACCCGCAGCCGCUGCAGGCGCUGCGGCGCGUGCUGUGCCCCACGGAGCCGUGCGGCGCGCCAGCCUCCACCGCACUGGACGUGCUGUCGGGCUACAGCCGCCGCGCCGCCAUUGACGUGGACCUGCGGGUCUACUCGCCGCCGCCGCCCGCGCCGCCCAACCGCCGCGUGUCGCCUCCGCCUCCGCCGCCGCCCGCGCCCAACUCCAUUGACUGGGUGCUGCUGUUCAACCUCAACAACACCUACUGCCUGGACCUCACAGCGCACGCGGUGCCGCGCACCGCGUUCUAUCCGCCCGGCGGCGCGGGCGUGCCGUCGCCGCCGCCGCCCGCGCCGAUGGCGGCGCCGCCGCGGUCGCUGGGGGAGCUCUUUGGGUCGGCGUUCGGCGGCUUCAGUGUGAUGCCGGCGGCCGUGGCAGCGGUGUGCACGCCGUACGGCUACGAUGCGUACAGGAUGUCGCACCUGUCCGCCAGCGGCGCCGGGCUGCGCGGCCGCCUUGGCGUGGACGUGCUGCAGGACCCACUGCUACUCGGGGACGGCAUGCCCGUGUCAAACCUGGUCUCCCUCGACCUGUCCAACAACUCCAUCUCCGGCUUCCUCCCCAACGGCUCCGUGCUGACGCCGUACCACGUGAACGGCACUGGCCCCGGGCCCUUCACCGGCAUUGAUUUCCCGUGCCUGUUUUGGAACCUGUCCCGCAACCAGCUGGCUGGCGGCCUGCCGCCGCGCUUCUAUCUGCACUCGGCGCUUGUUGUGGAUCUGAGCUACAACGGGCUGAGCGGGCCGCUGCCGGACAACUGGACGCUGCUGGAGACGGCGGUGGUGCUGGACCUGUCGGGCAACAACCUGAACGGCACGCUGCCUGCCAGCUGGGCCACAAACCUGGGCACUCCUUCCGGCCUCACCAACCGCCCCGACUACUACGGCCUCCGCCGCCGCCUGGGCGCCGGCAGUAGCAGCCGCGGCCGCAGCAGCAGCAGCAGCCGCGCCGACGACAACCGCUGGGAGCAGCUGCAGGAGCAUGCCCACUGGCUGGGCCUGACUGCCGACGGCCUGGAGCGUCACGAGGACGGCAGUAGCAGCAGCCGCAGCCAAGGCAGUAGCAACAGCCGCCGGCUACAGCAGAUCGGCACCUCGGACGGCAGCGCCUCGCCCCCGCCUCCCUCGCCUCCGCCUCCCGGCAAGCCGGCCCGGUACCGCGGCAUGCACUCGCUGCUGCUGGGCGGCAAUCAGCUGUCGGGCACGCUGCCGGAGGCCUGGCUGAACCUGGCGGUGGCGGAGCUGGACCUGUCCUACAACCAGCUCACGGGCAAGGUGCCCACCGACUGGAGUGGCGUGGGCAGCAUGGUGCGGCUGGACCUGCGGGAGAAUGCCGGCCUGUACGGCACCAUCCGGGGCAUCUCCUGGCCCGACCUGCUGCGGGUGGCCAAGACUGCCGGCACGCAGGUGGUGCUGGAGCCGGAGCAGGUGGUGCUGGCGGGCUUCCCGCGCGCCGCGCUGUGGGCCACGCUCAUGGCGGCGGUGCUGGACGGCCGCCUCAGCCUGGUCAACGUGCGGCGGCCGGAGGUGACGCAGGAGGACCUGCCGGAGAUAUGCGACAUCUUCAGGUCCUACCGCGCCUACCAGCAGCAGGGCGAGGCGGCGCCCGCGCGCGACCUGCACGGCGCCAUCGACUCGCUGUCGCUGGGGCGCGGGCUGUGGACCCGCUCCGCCAACACCUCGGACCCCCACUUCCCGCCGCCCGGCACGCCCUCCGCGCCCGUGGCCCCGCUGUACGGCCUCAUGGCGGAGUUCGCGGCCUGGGUGGCGGGGCCGGCGCCCGUGCCUGGGGAGCUGGAGUGGCUGCCGCGGCCGGAGGAGUGGUGCUACGACAGGAACGUGGCUGUGCUGCUGCGGCCGGUGCUGGGUCUGUGGCUGCCGGUCAUGGUGGUGGUGGUGGCGAUGCUGGCGCCCGUGCCGCUCUACUACUACUGGCAGAGGAGAGACAAGGAGUUUGAGGAGCACGGGUAUGACAUGGACCUGGAUGACGACGACGGCGACCACCACGAGGGCGGCGAGGGCCCCGCCGCCUCCGGCCCCUCCUUCGCAGCGCGCCUGCUGGAGCGGCUGCAAUCCGUGGCUCGCAAGGACCCCAGCCGCCGCGGCAUAUUGGCGGGCCGCGACAAGGAUGAGGGCGGCGCAGACACGGGCGCGGAGCAGGCGGAGAAGGGCGGGGAGAAGUCGGUGCGCGCGGGCGGCCUGGGCGUGGGAAAGAGCAUGAAGAAGCGCGGCGGCGGCGUGCGUUUCGCUGGCGGCGGCGACGAUGCGGAAGAGGGUGCGGGGGGUAGCGAGCGGCCGUCUGCACAGCCGGCGGCGGCUGACGGCGGCGAGACGGCCGCUGCAAGUACGGCGGCGCCGACGGCGGAGCCGUCCAAGGCGGGCGCCGACGGCUGGGCGGUUGGCCUGUCGCGCAAGAGCAUGACGGCUGGCGCCUCGGCGGGGGGCGCGGCAGGCGCCGGCGGCACGCUGCCGCCGCUGCAGCCGUUGACGACGCUGCCGGCGCCGUCGCCGGAGCAAAUGUUGCCGGGGCGGUCGCGCGCGUCGCUGACGGCUGAUGGGGUGUUGGGCUGGGGCCGCGGCAGCGCCUUCGCAAGCCGCGCCGCUAGUGUGGCGGCCGAUUCAGGGCCGGGGACGCCCAAGGCCGGCUUGUCGAGCCACGGCCCUAGUGCCUUUUUCAGCCCCACUCCUGUGGCCGGCACGGGUGCUGGUGCAGGGCCAGUGGCCGAGGCGGCGGAGGACGACGCGGCGGCGGCGGCUCGCGCGUCUGUCACCGGCGGGGCUCCUGCUGGUGGCGGCGGUGGCGGCGGCGGGCGCGGCGGCCUGAGGGCUCUGCUCGCGCGCACAGGCGGCAGCCGCAGUGGAGCCCGGCCGGCUGGCGCGCCGGCGACGCCGCCGGCCGAGGCCGCGGCCGCGGCGGUGGUGCAGCCGCCGCCGCCGGCCGCCACGCCGUCCGGCAGCGGCGGGCGCAGCAGCCUGAUGGCGCCGAUGCCUGCGGCGGCGCCCGGCGUCCGUCCGGACGUCACCACGCCUAUUGCCUCUCUCAAGACGGGCGGCCUUGAUCACGACGACGUGACGCCGCCCACCGCCGCCACCGGCCGCACCGCCUCCGUCAUCCACACGGGGCCGCGGCUGCCGGUGCCCGAGCUCGGCAGCGAGCCGUCCUCGCCCACCCUGGACCAGUCAUACGGCAAGGGCAGCGGCACCGCCUCCGCCGCCAUGCCAACGUCGCCGUCCAAAAAGUACGGGCUGCAUGCGCUGAAGGGCGGGCCCAGCGGCAAGUCCGUCGCCGCACAAAGCGGCGCCACCAGCCGCGCAGACAGCCUCGCCGGCGGCGCCUCCACCAGCUCCGUGCCGAGCGCGGCAGCCGCCGCCGCCGCCGCCGCCGCCGUCGGCGGCGGCCGGCGGGCGCUGCUCGCCUCCAGCACCAACGGCAGCAGCAACAGCGCCGCCGGGCCGGCGGCGGGCGGCGGCAGCAGCUUGGGCCGGCCGCCCAGCCAGUCGCAGGUGCUGCCUAUGCCCGUGCCUGCGCCCGGCGGCACGGGGCCGGCCAUGCUACGCCCCAUGAGCCGUGACCUGGGCCUAGUGGCCUCGCUGCAGGGCAGCUCCUUCUCUGGCGCCGGCUCCUUCACCACCGGCGGCCGCCAGAUGACGCCGCCGGGCCGCCGCGGCCGCCGCAUGUCGCAGCAGUUCCAGCACAACGAGCUGGCGGGCGAGGGCUCCGCCGGCAGCGGCCUGAGCAGCACGGCGGCGGCGGCGGUGGCGCGCUCGCGGCCUUCCUUCACCGGGCAGCCCGCCGGCCCGCUGGCGGGGCUGCUGGGCGGCGCCAGCGGCGCAGCACGCCACAUGUCCAACAUGGGUGGGCUGCCGCCCGAGCUGCAGCCCACGCCCGGGCACAACGGCAUCCAGCCGCACCUGCGAGCCACCACGCCGUCGCCGGAGCCGCCGGCGGUGGCGGAGCCGCCGGCGCCUUCGGCGCCGUCGUUCGCGGGCAGCGGCGGCUCCGGUGCACUACCACCGCACCGCAGGAUGAGUGACGCUGAGAUGAUGGAGGGCAAGGACGGGCCGAAGCCAGUACCGGGCAUCCACAGCGGCCGCAGCAGGCCCAAGAAGGGCCUGUCGAACGCCGCCGCCGCCAAGGAGGCCGCCGCCGCCGCCGUGGCGGCGGAGGCGGCGGAGGCGGGCGACGACGUCGUGCCGUCGGCGGCGGGCAUGCCCGCCGUCAGCGCGGCUGACGUGGCCGCCGCCGCCAUGGCGGACCGACCGUCGGGCGGCUCCCUGGCGGCGGGCCGGCCGGGCAGCGGCGGCGGCCGCGGCAGCCUGGCGGCGGGCCGCCGCAGCGACAGCGCCGCGUCUGCAUCUGGCGAGGAACUGCACCUGCCGCCGCCGCCGCCGCCGCCGCCCCACCCGCCGCCGGUGUCCAUCAACCCGGCCUUGGGCCGGGUGAUGUCAGUGGGCAAGGACCACGCGCCGCCGUCGCCUGAGGCCUCGGGCAAGCUCGCGCACAAGCCGCCCAAGGCGCCGCGCGGCGCCGGGGCCCAUGCGGCGCCGGAGGCGCCCGCAUCUACCCCGACGGCUGCGGACGCGGCGGUCGCGGCGGCAGCCACCAUCACCGCUUCCGGCGCAGCCGCGGCGGCGGAGCCGACGCCGACGACACCCAAGGCACCGGUGGCGCCGUCGGCGCCGGUGCCGGCGGCGGUGGCCGCAGCCGCAGCCGCGAACGCCGCGGCAGCAGCCGCCGCCGGCGCCAGCGCACGCUCCUCGGAGAGCGGCGGCUUCGGCCGCGGCUCCGACGCCGGCACCCCCAAGAGCGACGACGAGCGGUUCCGCGCCGCCAGCCUGGCUCGCCGCUCCCAAUCUGUCCGCUCCACUCGCUCCACACGCGACGGGGGGGCGCUGGUGCCCGGCUCCGCACUGUCCGUCAGCCACAGGGGCGCCUGGGACCGCAGCCGCCGCGGCAGCGGCGACAGCAGCGGCGACGGCGCCGCCACCGCGCCGCCGGAGCCGCAGCUGAUCACGGUGGGGCCGCCGCCGGCGCCAGCGCCCAAGGCCAACAAGGAGAAGGUGCAGCGGCACCCGUUGGAACACGUGUGCUUCUACUACUGGUUGGCCUGGGACUUCCUGUCCCCGCGCAUCGGCGCGCUCAUCUACCUCUUCUCCAUUGGCUCAGAUGCCUACUUCAUUGGCGCCUACGUCAGCCCCAACUUCAACGCGGCGCCGCCGGUGGUGGUGGGCCUGGUGCUGGUGAUCUUCUUCAGCCUGAGCUGGGUCCUUCGGCUGCACGUGGCGUGGGGAUUCAGCACCAAGGUCUCCUGGAUUGCGGGGCUGCUGACCUUCCCGCUGGGAGUGCCGUACGAGCUGGGCUGGGACGUCGCCACCGUGAUCUGCGCCUUCAUCAUCGGCUCGCCCGAGCUGUUCAACAAGUCCAUCCGCGGCUUCGCGCUACUGUGCUGCGGCGGCCGCCCCGGCUGCUUCAGCCUGGCGCCAAACCUGCGCGUGUUCCGCAUGAAGCUGCUGCUGGAGCCCUUCGCCAACGCGCUGCUGCAAGGCAUUGUGCAGUCCACCUUCUACAUGGUGUCGUACCGCUCCGGCUUCGUCAUCCCGCCGCACGUGUACCUCAUCUCGGCAGUGGCCUCCGCCACAAGCCUGAUCAAGGCCGCGGCGGCGCUGCACCACUACGCCUACAGCGGCGUGCCGCUGGUGGACGUGCUGCGGCAGCGCGGCGAGCACUUCAACGCCGAGCUGCUGCGGCUGGACGCACUGGAGGACGUGCAGGAUAUGGAGGCUCUCAAGAAGCAGGACGCCGUGUCGCUGGUGCACCGGGUCAUGGGCCUGCGCGCCGCAUCCAUCGCCACACGCGUUCGCAUCGCGCCCGAGGACGGCAUCAGCCGCCGCGGCACCUCCGUCAUGCCCUCCGCCGCCACCUCCGCCGCCGCCAGCCCCGCCGCCUCGCGCCCCGUGUCACGGCCCGCGUCGCGGCCGGCCUCAGCCAAGGGCGCGGCACCCGCGGGCGCGGAGAAGAAGGCCGGCGACGAGGCCGCGGGUGCGGGUGCUGGCGGCAGCGGCGAGAUUGAGGUGGACGGGCGCAGCAAGUCCGCAGCGGUGCUGUUCUCGGCCAUGUUUGCCCGCAAGGCCAGCCGAACCAACCUGCAGGCCAGCGCCGGAGGCGAGGCGGGUAGCGAGGCCGGCGCAGCUGGCGCAGCUGGCGCAGCUGGCGCAGCCGGAGGCGAGGCGGGCGCCAGCGCCGCAGCCAGCCGCGUCGGCAGCGCCCGCCGCAUCGCGGGCAAUGCGCUGGCGGCGGCGGCGGCGGCGCUGCUGGGCGGCGCGCAGGAGGGCGCGGAGGCGGUCAGUCGCGCCGCGAGCCGCGCCAACAGCGCCCGCAGCGUGGGCCGCGCCAAGAGCGCCAGCGGCCUGCCGGGCGGCCGCCUGCGCUUCGCGCUGUCCGCCAAGGAGGCGGCGGAGAAGGCGGCGGCGAACAAGGAGCUAGCGGCGGCGGGCAAGGAGGCGGCGGCGAUGCAGGCCAUGGACCCUAUGGCGCCGCGACGGGAGGGGCCCAAGGGCCGGUAUGGCGACAUGGUGCCCAAGCCCUCCGCGCCCAACGCCUUCUUCGGCUCCUCAGAUGACCGCCCCGAAUACCACCAGACCGUCAACCCGCUCACGCUGCUCAACGCGGCGGGCGCCAAAUCCUUCGCCAACCGGUGGAAGGGCAAGGCCGCCGACGCGCGCUCCGCAGCCGACGCCGCCGCCACCGCGGCGACGCUGGCGGCAACCGGCGGCGCGUUCACGACCCUUGGUGGCGCCGCCGCGACUCAGUCGUCAGGCCUAGAGGCGCUGCUGCGGCCGCUGUCCACGCGGCCUGGCGGCGCCGCCUCACUGGCGCCCAUGUCACCUGCCGGCUACGGAGCAAUGGGGGCGUACGGUACGGCGGGCAUGCCGGCGGCGGCGGCGGCGUACGUGGCGGCGCCGUACUCGCCGGCAGCGGCGCAGUACACCCCAGCGCAGUACGCUCAAUACGCUCAGCAGUACGCUGCUGCGCAACAGCAGCAGCAGCAGUACACGCCGGAGCAGUACGCCCAAUACGCGCAACAGUACGCGGCCAUGUACGGCACCGCGGGCGCUGGCUCCUUUGCUCAUGGCUCCGCCAGCAUGGGGGCGUCAGCAGGCGCCGUCGCCGCCAGCCCUACUGCAGCCGCCGCCCCUGCGGCGCAGUACGAUCAGGCGGCGUACGCGCAGCAGUACGCUGCGUAUUAUGCGGCACUACAGCAGCAACAACUGCAACAGUACGGCGGAGUAGGUACGGCAAUGAGUCCUGGCAUGACGCCCACAGGGGCGGGCGCAAUCGCGGGCUUGGGCAGCAUGUCGCCGGCAGCCAAUGCGCCGGCGGCCGGCGCUGGGCCCUCGGGCACACAGUGAGCCGUAUGCUUGGAUAGGCAGUGAACCGCAAGCGGCGCACACGCACGCUCAGCUAGUCAGAGGGGCUGAUGAUGGGUACGAGGUGCAGAAGACAAAAAGGCAGUGGACUCGAAGGAGUGGUGAGCAAGGCUGCGGCGAGUACCGUACUGGCCGUGCCUAUGCCCACACGAAAGAGUUGCCAAGGACUGGGGUGGGAGAUGCCUGACUUUCCAAAACAAAUUUGCAGCAAUGUGAAUGUGGUGCUUAUUGAUAUCUCUUGGUACACGUGCGCACAUUUAAUGUCGAUACGUCGUCUGGUUGCGUUAUCACGUGUGGGUGAUACCGUACUACGAUAGCUCCAGCCAUGGAGCCAGGCGUGCUUGGAGUGCGCUCUUGGCGGCUGCAAUGGCUGCAGUGACUGGCCGCGCUUAGCAUAUGUGCAAGCUUUACAUGAUACACGGAGGCGCGGGCGGGGGCGCAGGCAGCGGCGGACCAGGCAGCCGCCGCGACAUGUAAGGACGAUGGUUA